CCGUAUUCCGAACAAAGCGCUUUCCACAGGACGGAGGCUUUUUGUCAUCUCGUUUGCGAAUGUAGCCAAGACUCGAAGCACUGCAGAUGCUUCAUACACAAUUCGAUGAUCUCUUAGUUUACGCGGUCCAAGCCUGUCUCUUUCUACUUGCUAUUGCGGUCCCCGGCCCGCGCUCCUUGUUAUGUCACCGCGCAUCUCUGGCCGACUUUAGAUCUUGGGUGAAACUCGCUCUAAUAACGAGUCGUUCGAUGGAUAUAUUUAAUUGCUUAACGACCUGGGAUAGACUUCCUUACGCAUGUGAACUCACCCCCAAUCUCUACUACUUCCUGCAAACUUUAUAUUACUAUUUCAUCAAUCUGGGAGUGCUGCCGCUCGUCACGCACGUGUAAUAUCAUCCGAAACUAACGCCGACGUGUUCCGCGACCCGGACACCGGGUUCACGUUCUCGCAGUACAACGCACAGAUCACGACGGGCACAUCAGCUAUCACCUUUCG